GUUGCCUGAAAUUAGUUGUGUUUUGAAUGGUUUAAGUUAUCGUCUUCUAUGUUUAUUACUUUUAACAAUUCACUCGAAUUAUAUGUAAUAAAUAAUUUGGUUAAAUUCAAAUUGAUGUUUACCAAGCGCUGUGUUAGCAAAUUACACAAAUUAUUGUAAUGUGCAGCAAUGGACACAAAAAGUGAGUUACAUUUCGAAUGUCUUUGUCGUACUUGCAUGUACGAAGUGCCUGAAGCGAACUCUUUUUCCGCUUCCACCAAUGAAGCUGCAGAACAACAAUUGCAAUCUAUCUUUACCACCGUAGCUGAAUGUGGUACAAUGCGCAUUGCAGAUCUGCUAGAGAGAACUAUGCCACAACUACAACUAAACUUAAGCGAGGAGCUGCCACAGCACAUAUGCCGUAUAUGCCUACAGCAACUGCUGAGUGUGUAUCGCUUUCAACAGAUGUGCAUACAAUCCGAAAACCAAUUCCAAGAGUGGCUAGCUAAGCGAUAUAUUGAUUUGAAACCUAUAACAGAGAUUGUUUCGGAAACAAAAGUGUUUACACUACCGGAACCGGUGCUAGACACUAUUGAAACUACUAAUGAUGGAAUAGCGUCGUUAAAUGUGGAUGAUCCACUCCAGAGCAUUGCUGAAAUAAUUAAAAUAAAUAAAGACGAGUCGAAUAAUAUUAGUGUCUAUAUCAAAAGAGAGAUAAGUGAUGAUGAUGAUGUAUGUACUUCUGGUUAUACUGUUUGUGAAGACUCAGAACUAAACGAGCAACUUGUUUCAACACAAAGUAAAGUCGAAAUUGAAACGCCCAUAGCAGCAGCAGAAACCACAACCACCAGCGAUGAAGUCUCAAGUCAUGAGGAUGUUGAUAGUGAAGAGGAUAAGCUGACAGCAAAUGCUUUAUGCAAGAUGACAGUCAAAGCCAAUAUUUCCAAAGAUUCGUCUUCGCAUACCUGCACACAAUGUAUGAAGUCCUUCGCUACACGUCGCUACUUGCUAAGACAUUUCAGACGUCAUAAAAAAACAGAUGGACAAAAUAAUUUAACAUCAGAAAAGGAAUCUCCGAAUUUAAGUUUAAAAUGCGACAUAUGUGGAGCACGCUUCAAAAAAGCGGAAACAUUACAAAAACAUAAAGAAAUACAUAUUGAAAACACAGAAGAAUUAAAUGCCUUACCCGCACCGAACUAUGAUUGUGAUUUGUGUGAUUUGAAAUAUGGCUCACAACGCACAUUGGCAAGACACAAACGACUGCAGCAUGGUGUAGAAAAUUCGGAAGUCACACCUAAGUCCUACUCUUGCGAAUAUUGCAAAAAGAGUUUUCAGCAAUCGAGCACACUGAAGGAUCACAUACGCACACAUACCGGAGAGCAGCCAUACUUGUGUUCUGAAUGUGGAAAAGCAUUUAGUAGUUCCAGCAAUUUGAAACAACAUUUAUUACGACACACUGGUGUUAAGCGAUAUGAGUGCCCUGACUGCCCGAAGAAGUUCCCCUGUCUCAGCGAUUUAGCUUCACACAAAGCAGUGCAUCUACAAAUCAAACCACAUGUAUGUGAUAUUUGCGGCAAUGCAUUUGGUAAAGGAUAUCAAUUAAAGAAGCACAAAAUGUAUCAUAAUGGUGAAAAGCCACACAAAUGCGAAUAUUGUGAGAUGCGUUUUGUAUGCAUGGAUCACCAGCGUCGUCAUAUGCGCACGCACACGGGUGAAAAGCCCUACAAAUGUAAAUACUGUGAACGAGCCUUUGCCCAAAGCAACGAUCUAAUCAAGCAUUUACGCACACACCUCGGUGAAAAUGUUUAUAAAUGUGAAUUAUGUCCCAGUGCUUUUCGUUUGGCAACGGAGUUGCGCCUACACUUUGCUAACCACAAGAAUGACGAUGAGGCGACGCGAACGCGAAAUAUGCAAGCGCUUACCGAAGAGGAAAACAAGAUGAAAAGUCGUUCGCAACCUCAACAAGCGCCUUCGCCGUAAUAAUCAAGAUAAGGGCAUGGUUUAUGAGUUCAUUACUCACAAUUAAUUUGGGAAAGGAAA